AUGCAUAACUCAGACAUGAUCUGCUUUGUUGUAGGGAGCUUCUUAUGGUUCCCGCAAGUGAGAGGUGAGGAAGGCUGCCUCAACACUGAACUCUGUUCAGGUACAGAAUGGGACCGUCUGUGGUAUAUCUGGCUGGUGCUGGUGGCUGGGGGGCUCCUGCUGCUGUGUGGGCUGGUCUCUGUCUGUGUCAGGUGCUGCUUCCAGUGCCACCAGACCGGGGACGAGUCUGGGACCUCUCAGCCCUACGAGGUCACCGUCAUCGCCUUUGACCACGACAGCACCCUCCAGAGCACCAUCACUUCUCUCCACUCGGUGUUUGGGCCAGCUGCCAGGAGGAUUUUAGCUGUGGCACACUCCCACAAUUCUGCCCAGGGAACACCUCCCCUGUCAGCCUCAGACACCCCUCCAGUGUACGAAGAAGCUCUGCACAUGAGCAGGUUCACGGUGGCCAAGGCAGGACAGAAGGUGCCAGACCUGGAUCCGGUGCCGGAGGAAAAACCUGCCGAGGGCAAGGAUGCCCAGCCAGCCCUCCCAGGACACUGA